GUUAUUAGCAUUUAAGUCAGUCGUAACGAAGAUUUUGUACGGCGAAAGUGCGCGAAAAGUGAGAGGUGGUUUGUAUUGCAUGGUUUGAUCUUGUGAUAAAAUCAGUAAUUUUUUCACCAGAAUGUCUGCUGUUUAUCAUAGCUAUUCGGAAGGUGAAGAGCAUGAUAAUGAUGACAUACUACAGUCAAAGUUAGCUGAUUUGGAAAAGGAAGUGAAAGCUUUACGUCUGAGAAAGAACGAACUUGAACAACUUCUUCAACAACCAGUGGAGUUCAAAGAUGUUGCAAGUGAGAAACGUGUGGCAAGAACAGUGGGCUCUCAUAAACACUUUCAAAAUUUUGAGAGUGCCUUUUUGCAGAAGAAACUGACGCUUCACAAUCUGACAGGUGCUGUUGUGGUAAUGAAGGAGGGUAGGGACUUCAUUGUGAAGUUUAGUGCAUCAGCCAGGGGAUGUUAUUGUGAGCCCAAUUAUGUACAUUUCAGGAAGCUUAUCAGAGGUCCCUGGACUGUGGUACGUUACUUUCUUCCUGACUCAGUGAAUUUAAGAGAGAUGGUAAAGACCAGUCCCUUGAAUAAUGAUGGGGAUAUUAUCCACUUUAUACAGUCUAUUCAGCUGUGUGUAGAAGCUUACCAUGACAGGAAACAUCAGAUCACACUUACAAAGGAGUUGGCAAAGUCCAGAGGAAUAAAGCUCUUCAGCAGCACUGACUAUAUGUUUGUGAUGUUCACAAUAAGGGAGACUAACAGAAGAUCCUUCCCAGUGACCGUCAGUUUAAUUUAUGAAUCCAGUGGAGUGAGGCCUACAUUUCUUGAAGUACAGAGCAAAGGUGUUGAUAAGAGAACUGUGGUCAGUAUUGAAGAAGAGUUUGAAGUGUUAAAGAUGCUGUCUCUAAAUCGGGGUUUUGACAUUUUAUUUGUGAAGCAAGAUGAGAACACUGAAGACUCGUUAUCCGAAGGAAGCAGUAAUUUUCUUGUCUUGGAUGAAUCAGACCCAAAGGGACAAGGGAGACCCUCUAUUGAAAGUUCGGACUCACUUGAUUCAGAGAAUGAACGUGAUGAAUCUGACAGAAGUCAAAUCAAGGGUCAGAGGAAAGGUGUAGGUUUAAGAUCAAGAGGGGGCAUAAACAGGCAAAGGAAUUAUGUAGGUUCAAGUUCACAGAGGAUUGCAAAUAAGAGUUCAAGAAAAAAUAUGGGAAGAGAUGCUGGUAAGAAUCCAAGAAAGGGUGUAGCUUCAGUUUCAGGAAUUACAAGGAGGUGAAGAAGAGAAGGUAAAUAAAUGACUUUUGUUGAAUGUGUGGAGUGUGUAAAGUGAUCAUCCUGAACUCUUUUAAAGUGAAGCAAACAGUGCAGUUUGUGUAUUCAUAUGACACUCUGAACUUUAACAAUGUUUCGUAAGGCCUGAAUUUCUGUAAUAACUAUUUUUUCUUGCAUAUAUUUUCCUGUCAUAUUUGUUAUUGCAUAGUUUAUUUAUAUUUACCAUUGGGUUAAAGACUUUGAAACAGAUCCUUUGCUUCUGUACUGUUGCUACCAAAAAUGUAAGAUGUAAGAGGCCUGCUAUUGAGCAUCCAGCUCUCAGAAAAAACCAAAGGUCUUAAUGGCUGCUCCUACUCUACUACUGCUACCAAAAUUGAGAGGAAAGAACAUAUGUAUGUUUUCCUCUCUUGCUUAGCUACAAUAAUUUUUUGUUAUAUACUUGCAAGUCGUGUCAUUUUUAGUUUAUCUCUUGCCACAGAAAACAAUUCACUGAAGCAGAAAUGCGUUUCUUAUUUCUUAAUGUCUGAAGACCACCUUGUUAAACAUAACACUCCUGCAGCUCUGCGCUAACUUUUGUUCUGUGCAUGUGGUCAUCAGAGAUUGCAGUGUGCUACAGAUUCAAAACUAUGAUUAGAGUGUUCUCAGUUUCACAUGUUUGUGAAUAUCACCAUUGUUCUUUAGCCAGUCAUAACAUGUUUAAUUCAAUAAUAAAGUAAUAAAAUGGUAAUGUCAGACAUA